AUGUCCCAAAAAAAGCAUUCAAAAAAAAGGUCUUCAUUGGCUUAGAGAAAUUCAAAAAACUCAAAACUUUCCUAAAAGGACGAUUUAGACAACAAUGAUUUAGAAAUUUUGGAAGCUCUUCAAGCAAGAUUGCCUUUUUAUAAAAAUAUUUUUAAACAGUUGACAAAAAUGGGUUUACCUAUGUUGGAAGUCUAGCCUAAUGAACAACUGAUUAAUAGAAUACAAAAGAGUUAAUUUAAUGUUUAGUAUCUGUAGAGGCUGAUUUCUAUGAAACUGGAGGGCUAACCAAUUUCUUACCAUAGAUGUAAAUUAGCUCACUCUUGCAAAUACUUCUUGAACGAAAGGCUCUAGAACUAUUAGAAAUUUGAAUUAGAAGAGAUGCUGGGAUUGAUUAAAGAGUCUGUGGAACCAGUUCAAUUGAAAAAAAUUUCAGGGAUUAAUUUAGAUGAAGUAACUUUUGGAUCGGAAUUUGAUUAUUAAAAAUUCUUAAAUCUCAUAGAUACAUAGAAAGUGUUCAAUAAUAGUGAAAACCUUAAGUUCACUUCCACUGAUGUAAGAGGCUAUUAUGAAAUGAAAAAUAUUGAGGAUUUAAAGGAUCACGCAAACAUUGAGACAUUCCAAAAAGUGAGAAAACUUAGAUUACUAAUCUUUGAUGUUUUAAGAUCCAUUAAAUGUAUAAUUGAUUCUUUGGAAUCAUAAGAUAUUGACACUAUAGAAGAAGCCUUUAUUUCAUAUUUGGAUUUAAAAAAGAGUUCUGAAUUUCCCUUUACUGAUGAAAUCAAAUGUGAAGAAUCAGAAACUAAUGUUCAAUUAAAUAAGUGUGAACAAUUAUCUGAAUCAUCUGCAAAGUCUAGCGUGAAAUCAGUCAAGUUUCAUAAUUAGUUGACAAAUUCUGAAAUGCAAAAGAAAAAUGAUCAAGUUGUAAAUAUCUAAAGUAUCCUUAAAAAUAAUUCUGUUCCAAAUAUUUCUGUUGUUGAAUAAUAAUCCAAGAAUUAACUAACUAUGAUUAAGGAAGAACAACCUUCAUAAGAAAAAGCUUCAAUAUUCUAGGAAAUCAUUCCUGAAAAUUAAGAGUAGAGUAUCCCACAACCAACCAGUAGUCGCCCCAAAUCUUUCGUUGUGAAAUGUAAGAAAUCAACAAAACGAGUUAAUUAAGACACUUCUUUAUAGAAAUGGGAUCUAUUACAAUAAAAUAACUUCGAAAAAAUAUUCUAUAUGAAAGAAUAUAUUGAUUCAGAAAUGUUAAGUUAUAUUCCAUAAUAAUUGCAAACAUCUUUUUGUGAACAAAAAAUCUAAACAAGCAAGAAUAAACUCCAUAAGUAAUCUAAAAGAAAAGUGCAUUUUGAGUUGUGUGAUUCAAAUCGCUUCUAUAAUGGGAAGCUUAUUGAACUAAAACCAAUUAAUCCAAGAAAUCCAUUUUGCAAGUAUUCCUUCAUAGAUUAUGAUUUGGAUUCUGAAGAAGAAGAGGCUGAAGAUGUAAUUUCAGAAAUCAGAUCGUAAGAUGAGACUCCGUCUUCAUCACUCUAAGAAUUUAUAGAAUUAGAUUACAAAAAUUAGUAUUAAUAAUUGGGUGAACCUUAUACUUUGAUUUGUGAUGAUUCAAAUUUUGAAAGUUUUUUAACCUACAGAGCAAUUAUGUUAUCAGAUAAUAAGCCUCAACUAAGUUCAAAAAAGAAUAUUCGCCCAGGUUCCAAAUUUUAGAGUAAAAGUUCCUUUACAGAGAGUUAAAAUGAAAAACUAGUUAAAGCUUUAUCUUAGUUGUCAUAGUUUGUUAAUCCAGAAUAAGUUAAUAAAAUUCUAUCAAUUUAAGAACUUGAGAUUUUUCAUAUAGUUCCUCAAACGGAUAACAAGGAGAGUAAGUGA